AAAACAAACAACUAACAAUAAUAAAGUAAAAUUCCUUAAAAUCCUUUUCCUUUGUCUUCUUCACUUUUUCUUCACCGUCUUCCUCUCCUUUUCCUUCUUCUUCGCCAUCACCAUCUAAUCCAGCAACACACCCAUUAUCUACUACUCUCUCUCCCACACUCACAUUACUCACUUUCUACUCCCCAUUUCCUCAAAAAUCAAACUUUACACUUUACAUCAUUCUUUUCAUCCUUCAAAUCUAAACCCAACAAGCUUCAGUGUUCAUUACCCUUUUCAGCUUGCUUGCUAAGAAAAGCAAGGAAGUGAAAAAGGAAAAAACUUUCCAUCUGGGUCAUGAGAUUUGGUGUGUUCAAUUGUUUAACAUUCAUCACUUCUUAGCUUAAGCUUUUAAUUUCAGCUGUUUUUAUUUACUUAGAUCUCUUUAACAAUAACUUUCCUUUGUAGAAGCUUGAACCUUGAAGAGGGAUUAUGCAUUCUUUCAAAUGAACUGCUUUUUGUGUAGUUUGGGUCCCAUAUGUGCUUAAAGUUUCAAUUUUUAGUACUCAAGUUCAGCUUUUUGCUUUUAAUUUGCAAAAUAGUCAAAAGGGCUUUCAUUUUGUAAUCUCUUUAUUCCUGUUUAAGUUAUACAUGAGUCUCAACACUGUCCAAUUUCAAGAUUCUCUGUCAAAUUCAUGGUGGUAACUUCUUAAUUUGUUGCAAGAUUCUGAGAUUUUCAUGGUGGUAGUGUGUGGUGCUUAUUUUGAGUUUCUGAGCUUUGGACUAAGGUGUUUGGUGUAAAUGUGAGUUUGGGAAAUUGAACUCAUCAUAAUAUAUCUUGGUCUGUUCUUCUAAGAUUAUAUCGAAAUGCUUCGGUCGAAGUGUCUCCUUAGGUUAGCAUUGUUGCUUUGUGUUUUAUUUGGCUUCUUGUUACAUCCUGCUGUAACAGAUGUGAUAGCAUUAGGUUCCAAACUCUCUGUUGUUGAUAAUAAUUUUUGGGUUUCCACCAAUCGCGAUUUCGCAUUCGGGUUCUUUAACGUUAUUGACGAACCUAACCAGUUUAGUGUCGGCAUUCGUUUCAAUUCGGUGUCUAUUCCUUAUAGCCAACAGACACUUGUAUGGAUUGCUGGUGGUCAUGUCAAAGUAAGCAACAUGUCAUAUUUCCAACUUACUCCACAAGGGGAGCUCGUCUUGUUUGAUUCCUUACGCGGAGUCACUGCGUGGACUAGUGGAACGGGAAACGGAUCUGUUGUUUCGGCUUCUCUUAACGACGAUGGAAAUCUUGUUCUUGUAGACUCAAAACAAAACAUGAUUUGGCAAAGUUUUGAUAAUCCUUCUGAUACACUACUCCCAGGACAGAGAUUACAUGUAUCCAAGACACUUCGUGCUUCAUCCAAGGACCUAGAGACUAGUCACUAUAGUCUUUACUUGAAUGCUUCUGGUCGGUUGCAGCUUCGAUGGGACAGUAAUGUUGUAUACUGGACAGGUGAAAGCCAUUCCUCUAUUGCAAAUGCAAAUCUCACUGCAUCCAUCACAUCCGAUGGAUCUCUUCAACUUCAAGACCAACAUUCUAUAGCUGUUUGGAGUGUGUUUGGAGAAGACCACAACGAUUCUGUGAGUUAUCGGUUUCUUAGGCUAGAUUUUGAUGGCAAUCUCCGGUUAUAUUCAUGGAUGGAAGAUUCUCAGUCAUGGAGAUCGGUUUGGCAAGCUGUUGAGAAUCAAUGCAAGGUCUUUGCUACUUGUGUCGACCGUGGUGUCUGCGUCUUCAAUGCUUCAGGUUCGGCUGAGUGCAGGUGCCCUUUCAAGACAAACGAAACUAACAAAUGUUUGGUUCCGAGUGAACAGGAUUGUACUAUUGGUACCUCUAUGCAACGGUACGAGAACAUAUAUCUAUAUGGAUAUUACCCUCCUGAUGAUUCGAUUGUCACAAGUAGUUUGCAGCAAUGUGAGCAGUUGUGCCAUAAUGACUCCAUGUGUACAGUUGCAACAUUUUCGAACAUCGGUGGUCCACAAUGUUCGAUAAAGAAAACAAAAUACGUAACUGGCUAUACAGAUCCAUCUCUAAGCUCAAUAUCAUUUGUUAAGAGUUGCUUAGAUCCAUUUGCCGUAUACCCCAAUUCGGAAAAGUCGCCUCCAUCAGAAUCGUCUCAUCACAGGCUCUGUGUUCCUUGCUUGGUAGGAGCAGCCUCAGGAACAUUUGUCAUUGUUGGUUUUAUCCAGCUGGGAAUUGUUUUCUUCAUAUGUAGAAGAAAAAGUUCUACUAUGAGAAGAGUCGCACUAGCAUUCACGCACCCGAAUUCAAAAGGUUUGAUGGUGUUAUCCUUUGCAGAAAUCAAGAGCAUCACCGGAGAUCUCAAGAAUCAAGUUGGGCCAAAUAUGUUCAAGGGUGUGCUACCGAGCAAUCGUGUACUUGCAAUCAAAGACCUGAAUGCAACUAUAGAAGAAAGGAAGUUCCGGAGCGCAGUUCUGAAGAUAGGGAACAUCCACCACAAGAAUCUAAUGAAGCUGGAGGGUUACUGCUGUGAGUUCAAUCAUCGAUAUUUGGUCUACGAAUAUGCCAAAAACGGCUCGUUGGACAAGUAUUUAGACGAUUCUACUCUUUGCAAGAAGCUUACUUGGAGAACGAGAGUUGAAAUAUGCUCAUCUGUUGCGAAAGCUAUCUGUUAUUUGCAUUCGGGGUGUAGGGAGUUUAUAAGCCACGGAAACUUGAAAUGCGAGAAUGUAAUGUUAGACGAAAACUCAGUUGCUAAGGUGUCUGAUUACGGAUUCACAAUAGUUGACGGCGAGGCUACAUACUGCGGCUUUUCAGCAGAAAAAGACGUAGCAGAUUUCGGCAAAUUAGUGUUAACCUUGUUAACCGGCUGUCGCGAUCACAAACAACUCUGCGAAAGGGCUUACAAAGAAUGGCUGGAAGGAAGGGUAACCAACGUGGUCGAUAAAAGAAUCGACGGUGGUGCUGAUUUGGAGGAACUCGAACGUGCAUUAAGAAUCGCGUUCUGGUGCGUUCAAGUCGACGAACGGAAACGACCUUCGAUGGAAGAGGUAGUGAGAGUACUAGAUGGUACCCUAAAUGUUGAUCCACCACCACCUCCAUUUGAUUUGGCAUUUGAUCCACAAGAGAAUUGUUCAGAAUCAGAAAUAGAAUCAGUGGUUUAGUAGUUGCCUUCAGAAUGAACAUGUAUAGAAUAGGACUGGACUAACAUCUAGGGGAAAAAUAGGCAUGCCCUUUAAUUUUUGUGCCUUGAAACUAUAAGGGCACUGAUUGUAAAGUUUGAAUACCAUGUUCAUUUGAGAUUUAUGGCAUCUUUCUGAUUUUAAA